AUGUCUGCCAGUUUCGAGAAUUCGGCUAUGAAGAGUAGCUUCUCCCUGUCUUCGCUGAAGAGUGCCGCUUACCCCAACGGACUUUGCGAACAGCUUGAGAGGCCGUAUCAUAGUCUUACCAAAAAGAGGAAAGAGCCAUGUCGCGAAGCAUGGCGCAGAAGUUGGGGCUCAGCAGCGAGUGGUGGCAGCGUGGCUGACGAUCUGUGGCCUCUGCUUCAGCAUCAUUAUGACUAUAUUAUGGAUAACCAAAUCAUAGAUAGCUGCAAGGAAGCGAACGGCGAGUUAUUGUCAAAUAACCCGUCAGUACUGCAAAAUAGACCACGGCUUCUUAAUCACACGUCCACCUUCAACCGCCAAUGGUCGCUCAGUCAGCUGAUAUCCGAGUUCACUGAGCUCUGUCAAUGGCUGACACAUGUCCAAGAAGAAAUAUAUUCUAGUCCAGAAAAUUUGUCCAGCAGGAAACUAAGGACGAAUCGUAUGUCUGAGCUGGUGUCAGUUGAGCCACGUCGCGCGAAGUUCAUCGAACAAUCCUCUGCCAUCCUCGACAGAAUACCCGAGGCAGGCGCUGAGGUGGGAUGGCGCGUGGAACAUCUAAACGUGAAGUGGGAGAGUCUCCGCCUGCUAUUGAGUCCAGAACAGCAGCAGCGUGAUGGAGACAACUCCGAUACAGUUGACACUGCUCACGAGCUCCGCUGCCUUCGCCGUUGGUUACACGGAAUGGAAGGCCGCUUACCGCCGCCCUCCCUAGCUGCUGCUCGCGCCUCACCCUACCAUGAGCUGAUGCGAAAACUACGCGAACACCAGGUUAGUUCACAUUAUGUAUCAACGGUUUAUUGA